GCUCCAAGACAGGAGGUUGCUUUCUUAAGGAGGAUCAGUGGCUGAGGCAAAUCCACUUUGCCAGCCUCCCAACCAAGUUCAAGGAAGCAUCAGUCCUACGGAAUUGCAGGUGUGGACAUGAUGAAUACGGGAUGUCAAAACUGCAGAGGACCAUUUGUUUUAUAGGCAUUGUAAGGUUUGCAGUUCAUUUUCCAGUGGAAUUUUUGGGGGGUCAUGAGUCAAACUGAUGCUCCCCGACCACUGAACUGGACCAUUCGGAAGCUAUGCCAUGCUGCCUUUCUCCCAUCUGUGAGACUUCUGAAGGCUCAGAAAUCAUGGAUAGAAAGAGCAUUUUACAAGAGAGAAUGUGUUCACAUCAUACCCAGCACCAAAGACCCCCAUAGGUGUUGCUGUGGGCGUCUAAUAGGUCAACAUGUUGGACUGACUCCAAGUAUCUCCAUUAUUCAGAAUGAGAAAAAUGAAAGCAGACUGACUCGAAAUGACAUCCAGUCAGAGAAGUGGUCUAUCAGCAAGCAUACUCAGCUCAGCCCAACAGAUGCCUUUGGAACCAUUGAGUUCCAAGGAGGGGGUCACUCCAAUAAAGCCAUGUAUGUACGUGUGUCCUUUGACACAAAGCCUGAUCUUCUUUUGCACCUCAUGACCAAAGAGUGGCAGCUAGAGCUCCCCAAGCUUCUCAUUUCUGUGCAUGGAGGCCUUCAGAAUUUUGAACUUCAGCCAAAACUCAAGCAAGUCUUUGGGAAAGGCCUAAUUAAAGCUGCCAUGACAACUGGAGCCUGGAUAUUCACUGGAGGAGUAAACACAGGCGUCAUUCGGCAUGUUGGAGAUGCGUUAAAAGAUCAUGCCUCAAAAUCUCGAGGGAAGAUAUGCACUAUUGGUAUAGCCCCCUGGGGUAUUGUGGAAAACCAGGAAGACCUAAUUGGCAAAGAUGUGGUCCGACCGUAUCAGACAAUGUCCAAUCCCAUGAGUAAGCUGACAGUACUCAAUAGUAUGCACUCCCAUUUUAUUUUGGCUGACAAUGGAACAACAGGCAAAUAUGGAGCAGAAGUGAAACUCCGUAGACAACUGGAAAAGCACAUCUCACUUCAGAAGAUAAAUACUAGAAUUGGACAGGGAGUUCCAGUGGUGGCACUUAUUGUGGAAGGAGGUCCCAAUGUUAUCUCUAUUGUUUUGGAGUACCUACGAGACACUCCACCUGUUCCUGUUGUGAUAUGUGAUGGCAGUGGCCGGGCAUCUGACAUCCUUGCAUUUGGUCACAAAUACUCUGAAGAAGGAGGGCUUAUCAAUGAAUCUUUAAGGGACCAGUUACUAGUUACCAUCCAGAAGACUUUUACCUAUACUCGGACUCAGGCACAGCAUCUCUUCAUCAUACUCAUGGAAUGCAUGAAGAAGAAGGAGUUGGGUUAGCACCUGCACCUCUCAGAUCUUCAAGGUCACAGGCACUGACAACAGCCAACUACCUUGUGAACUUGAAGUAAUACUGGAAGAAUAACAAGCAGGAAAUGUUGGAGGAUUGAAUGGAUUUCUCUGAGAAGUAUGCCAUGGCUGCAGAGGCCUGGCAGAAGAGGCUGAAGUACCACAAGGACUUCUGAGUGGAAGUGCUGAAGCAGCCAGAUGUGGGAGAGCAUUGCAGGCCUGAGAGUCAACAGAGAAGCCAUCACAACAGCCAGGAAGGCUCUGAACCUGAUCUGAAGAAACUUCCAAUCUAUCAACAAAUGCAAAAAUCAUUAUUGUGAGUUCUGACUUGGCAAUCAUCUACGAGGGAGUCAAUGAACGUUCACCCCCAUUUAUCCUCCUUCUGCCUGAUAAAGACUCCCUGCAAUUUCAUAAUUUCAUGUUAGCCCAUCAGAUGUUCAUUCAAUGUGUAUGCUGCACAUGCUGCAGAAUACAUCACUUCAGGACUAGUAGCUCAUGGCCACAGUCAUCUCACUGUGACCAGGAAGAGCAACCUACUUAAACCCAUCUACACCCUACACCAUCUUGAUGCCCCACCCAGCCAACCCUCAAGAACCUGGACACAUGUUGAGCAGUGAACUCUUCUUCAUAGUUCUGACCACUGGAUGGAAGUAAAGGGCUACCUGUUUCACACAAUGUGUAGAUAUUUUUGAACUUGUACUUACUGCCCCCCCUAAUGUUAAUGUUUGGCCUCUGUUGUACAGCACUUUUCCUUGCUACUAAGGUUUCAAGCCCUGCCUAAGUUUUCACUUUUUGAUUUUGCACUUGUACUGAAAAUAAAGUACUCUUUUUUU